ACCCAGCCAGCUAACUUCUGAUUGGCUCCUUGCCAGGAGGAAGGCAUCUGACUUCCUAGUGACCAGGAGAGGAGGGGUAAGACCAGGCCAACAGAAGCCCAGCCGACUCUUACCAGCAUCCAGACACAAGUCCAGAGAGAGUAAAAAUCACCACGCAGGACUCCAGGAAUUACUUCCCUCAGACUUCUGGGAAAUGUAGUCCUUUCGACUGUGACAUCACAGAGAGAAGUCCAAGAAACCGCAGGACUACAAGUGCAUCUUCCGCGACAGUCCACCCCUGCUGUGUCUCCUGCUGCAUCUCUGACUUGGAGGAAAAGCUGUCCUUCUUGAAUGUGGCCAUUGAUUUCUCUCCAGAAGAGAGGAAAUAUCUGGAGCCCGCUCAGUGGAAUCUGUACAGGGAUGUGAUGUUGGAGAAUUACAGCAACCUGCUGUUCCUGGGAAUUAAGAGACAAGAAGCAGCCACCGUGUACCCAGAGGUUGACAGCAGACUUGUGCCAGAAGGAUCUCUACACCAAAGCAGCCAGACACAAGACCAGGAAGAGUAAAUAUCACCAUGCAGGAGUCCAGGCAUUCCUUCGCUCGGACUUCUGGGAAAUGUAGUCCACGCGACUGUGACAUCACUGAGAGCUGUCCAGGAAAGCCUUUUCCGGCUUUGGUCUACCCACGUGGGUCUUCCCCAAAGUUGGGCGCGAGUCCUGCCCUGCUGUAAUUCGUGUUGAGUCUUUGACUUGGAGGAAAUGCUGUCCUUCUGGGACGUGGCCAUUGAGUUCUCUCCAGAAGAGAGGAAAUACCUGGAUCCUGCUCAGUGGAAUCUGUACAGGGAUGUGAUGUUGGAGAAUUACAGCAACCUUGAUUUCCUGGGUCUUGCUGUCCGUAAGCCACACCUGGUGACAUUUCUGGAAGAAAGACAAGAGCCUUCAGGAGUGGAGAGACAGGCAGCAGCCACCGUGCACCCAGAGGUUGACAGCAGACUUGUGCCAGAAGGAUCUCUACACCAAAAAACAACAACCGAUAAUUAUAAUGUUUACAACAAGGACAUUGAUUGUAUCUCAUUAAGUUUUCGAUCGCGGAAAAUUUAUACAACGGAGAAACCAUACAAGUGCAAAGAAUGUGGUAAGGCCCUUAGUUCUUCAAAAACACUUUCUAUACACCAGAGACUUCAUAGUGGAGAACAACCCUACAAAUGUAAGGAAUGUCCUAAGGCCUUCAAUACACGCGCAUCACUUUUUGUACACGAGAAAGAUCAUACUAAUGAAAAAACAUACAUGUGUGAAGAAUGUGGCAAAUUAUAUUACUAUCCUUCAAUGCUGAAGCAACAUCAAAGAAUUCAUUCUAGAGAGAAACCCUACAAGUGUGAAGAGUGUGGCAAAUCCUUUCGUUAUCCAGCAAGCCUUAAGGACCACAAGGCAACUCAUAGUGGAGAGAAACUCUACAAGUGUAAACUGAAUAUAAAGGGAUUUCCUAAGCCUACUCUCAUUGAGAACAAUACAGCUCAUUCUGCAGAGCAAGCCUACGCGGGUGAAGAGUGUGGCAAGUGUUUUUACUCAUCUUCAUCCCUCAGAAAACAUCAAAGAAUUCACUGUAAAGACAAUCCUUAGACGUGAGAAGAGUGUGGCAGGUGUUUUCACUCAUGGUCAUCUCUUAGAGGACAUCGUAUAGUUCAUACUGGAGAGAAACCAUGCAAGUGUGAGGAGUGUCACAAAGCCUGUUGGUAUGAAUGACUUCUCUUUGAAGUAUCCCCUGUGUUUGGAACAUGUCUUGAUUAGUGACUCUCUUUCUUCUGUAACUGUAAAUGUUCCAUGAAACUGUUAUUGUGUCAUAACUAUGUCCAUUGUUUGUCUCGAAUCUGGAAUCUGGGCUGUGGCAUAGUUCCUGUUGUUUUCCCCAGUAGAGUCAUUCGUGCUUCUGGAAUAUCUCCCCUGGUGUGUAGGAAGGUCUGUCUCCGAGGUAGCAGGUUUUCACCCAGCAUCUGGCUCCUAAAUUCUUAUUGGUAAAAUAAAAAGAUAGACCUUAGUUAACCCAACCUGAAGAUUCCUCAGGUCUAAGGCCUUGGGAGCAAGGCAGCAGAAGCAGCUGCAGAGGCCCAGUCCUCAGAUGAGGCAGUGAGAGUAUCAGGUGCACCCGCUGUGGCUCAGAUAAAAAACAAGUGUCUGCAAUGCAAUGAUGGGAGGAAAGUUAUAAGAGUAAUCAGUCUUUUUCUGACUGAAUUUAAAGCUUAUCCCGAAAACGUUAACUGAUGGGGUAUUAAUUUGGUGGUAUACUUCUGCCUGGCUAGGUGAUAAGCCCUCUGCUGCCUAGCUAUUGGCCAUUCAGCUUUUUAUUAGGCCUAUCAGGUGCCUUAGGCAAGAUGAAACAAAUGCAACAUAUCUUUAAAUCUUCACGCCAUUAACAAAGGCAGCAGACAUUAGUGCAAUGCAUCUUUACAGUUAAAGUAGUAUUGCACAGCAUCAGGAAAUGAGCAGGGUUAUCAGGGGCCAGCCACCAUGCUACACAGCCAGCCAUGGGCUAAGAGUGAAAGUAAGAUUAUAGGAGUAAGAAAAGAAAAGGCCCAGAAGCAAAAGAUAGAUGGUAUUAAUUAAGCAAACUGGCAAGAACAAUCCACGCUAAGGCCAAACAUUUAUAAUUAAGAAAAUAAUAAGACUUGGGAGUUCGGUGGCAGGCCCACCAAAGAGUAAAGCAACUGACAACAUUUUGGUGUAUCAGCAUGGGCCUUGAAUUUCCAUAGGGCCUGAGUAAACUUGAAAAAAAAAUAUUUAUAGGGCUCCUGUUAAGGGUUUCUGCCUACUGGCCAUCCAAAUAUGUAAAAUAGGAAUAAAAUCUAAGAAUGCCUGCCACCCUGCAAACAUCGGCAUUCUAGAACUCUAAGAAGGUUGAGUACAGUUCUUAGUCAUAAAGCCCCAACCAUACUUCGAGCUUCAGGCUUCAGUUUCACAGUUUUAGAAGUGAUGGAGGCAGCUGCCAAAGCCUCAUUCAUACCACUUAGCAGUUUAUGGUUAGUUCAUGAGGUCAGAAAUGCUAAAAGAUAUGCAAUAAAAGAGGUCCAGACGGGAAAACAAUGGUGUAGGCUUGACAGAAAGAAAAUGGGUAUAGAUAGUCACAGAAAGAAUUCUAAAAAAUAAGGUUUUUAAAGACAAACACAAAGUAAUACAAAAGCCACAUAAGAAGGAAAACCCACAGGGAGUUUGGAUCCUGUGGGUUAGUGUGCUAAUUAUAUAUAUAUAUAUAUAUAUAUAUAUGUAUAUAUAUAUAUAUUUUUUUUUAUUGUAGAGAAGCAAACAAUAGCUGCUAACAGACAUAGUAUUGUGAACUGGACUGCAAAAUUUACCAACCAAGAUCCUUUAGGGCUAUCUUAAUUUUUAAAAGAAAUAUAUAUAUAUAUAUUUUUUUCCUAAGUAGAAAUAAAAAAUGUUUUGGAGUUGUGUUCCCACCGGCGAUGAGAGGCUGUGGAUUCCUUCAGGGUUCAUAGGGAUCAGGUUUGAUCAGGCAAGACGUCCUGAAUCUUGACAGGUGCUAUCUGAGAACAGAGAUUGUACUGGGUCUUUCCAGGACGUGGCCAUCAUCUCAAAUUUUCUCUCUGGGACCCUAAAGAUAUUUUAUCCACUGACAUCAGGAAACAUUGUGGAGAAAACAAGGUCCACAUUCCCAAGAUUUUGGGGUUGUAGAUGGUCUUUGGUUAUUUGGUGGGUCAUAGAUGUUUGUUACAUUUAGGGGAAUAUAUUAUAUUGAUACAAAUUUAAUGUUAUUUUGUUACACUGUAUAUAUGUUUCUACAUGUGUGUGUUAAAUAAACAUACAUUUAUAUUUA